UGGGAGUGGCUUUUCCCAACUUGAUUAUCGUUUCUAAGACGGAAAUGGAACGGAAACAAACAGUCCAUACAAUGACGGGGAAUCGUCGAUUUUCACGCCAAGUCCUUUGCAGAUGCUAAUGCCCGCGGGAGAAUCAGAAGAACCCAACCGUAAUGCCGGAAGGGAAUUGCAGAUAGCGUCCACCUCGGCUCCGUUCAGAUUUCCCGAUGAUUGAUUCGUUGAGUUAAAGCCUCGUGGCUCGACCACCAGCUCCACCGGCCGUGUUGACAAGUAUUACUAUGAACCCAGGACUGGACAACAGUUCCGUUCUCUGGUAGCUGUUGAGAGAUACUUGAGAGACAAAAAACAAGAUACACCUACACCUGAUACAGUAAAAGCAAGAAAUGAAAAUACUUUAUAUAUUGAGCCAGAAACUGGGCAGCGGUUUCGUUCGUUGAAAGCCGUUGAGAGAUACGUAACAGAAGCAAAGGAAAAUACUGCAACACCUAAGGCUUCACAGAAUUCUGGUUCAUGGAAGAAAAACAUUUCUAGUAUUAUACGGUCACCAAGAGUUGUGAGCAAACACUGGUUGGAAGCUGAAGAAGAUAACAUUACACUCAAGGCAUUGAAAUUGUGCAACCGUUCAAAAGCUUCCCCGAAUUCUGGUUCAUGGAAGAAAAACAUUUCUAGUAUUAUACGGACACCAACAGUUGUGAGCAAACAUCGCUUGGACGCUGAAGAAGAUAACAUUACACUCAAGGCAUUGAAAUUGUGCAACUGUUCAAAACCUUCAAGAAAAUCUGGUUCAAGGAAGAAAUUUGUUUCUAAUAAAGGGGUUAAUACUUCAAUGCUUGAUUGUGCCAGCACACCAGCAAAGAUAAACUGAGUUCUUUCUGGUCCUGGUGGUGGUAAUGUAUGGAGUGCUUUCAUCAAUGAAUCUAUUGUCCCAGAUUCUGUAAAGCAAAAAUGGUCUGAGAAAUUUAUAACAACCAUCCAUGCACGAAUUUAAUGCACCAAGUUUUCAAGGUA